CCACAAUUCACCCGUGAAGAAAUUUGAUCUUUAAAUUCUCUCCAUACAAACCUUCAUGACGGGAUGAUGUCAUGGUUUUUAUUAAUUAUGUCAAUUACAGUUGACAAUAUGUGCAUGUGAUUGUUUAUUUAUUCGUUGCUACGAUCAAAGGAUCAUUACGAUGGAGAUCAAUAUAUAGGAAGCAAAGAUGGUUCAGAUGGUAUGGCCAAAGAUGGAUACGACAUAAAGAGGAUUGUUAUUGCGGUUUUGGUAAUAUUGUCUGUUUAUACAAUGCAAGCCAUGUGUUGGAAAAAGCAGAAGUGUGAAUAUUAUAUAGCCAAACCAUAUGCCACAAGUUUUACAUUACCACAAGUACAUGGUAGUACUUAUCCAAAGGACUUUUUUCAUUGUUGGCAGAUACGAGCUGAUAAACCAAAAAACGAAGUGAAGAUUUGCUUUGAAAGUUUUAUGUUGGAACCUCAUCAAUAUUGUGAUCACGACAAACUUAUUAUAUACGACGGUGAGGAUAAUAAAAGUAGACCGAUCGAUACAUACUGUGGACCUACAGCUCCAGACGAUAUCAUAAGUCAGGAUGGUGUCUUAUAUUUUGAAUUUUAUUCUGACAAAGACGUAGAAUAUGAAGGCUUCACAUUUACCUACGUAUCCGGAGAAAAAGAUGAUUUACGUUGGGCCUGUGACAAGGGAGACAAGGAAGACGAUAAAACAAAAAAACAUUCUCUAACAACACAAAUCGUCGGUGGAAUAAUAGGUGGUUUAGUUUUGCUUACCGGAAGUGUUGUGCUUAUUUGUUUGUGUGUGUCUUCUAGACGAUGUUCUUGUCGACCGGGAAGUCGAACUAUUAACCCGGAUGUAACUUCAGAAGAAGGGAGACGUGAAAUUGCGAGGCGGCGGCAAAAUGUGAUUCGAACAGACAGAGUAAGCCACGGGGAUAGUCCACCUAAUCCAUCUCUUCAAGAGUUAGAAACUACAGAUACCGAUAUCCCGCUAAGCAUUAUCUUACCGAUAUACUCUGGACCCACAGAACCACCGCCAUAUAACGGACAUGACGUCAUUGAGAGACUACCGUCUUCCCCUCCACCACCGUACUCACCGAAUGACCCCAACCCACUGUCUGUUAGUUUAUGUGAUAUAAAUAUGCCUUGUGUACCUGACAAUGCAGCUUUAAGGUUUUAAUGAGUGUGUGUGUGUGUGUGUGUGUGUGUGACUGUUGUAAUUAUUAUAGCCUGGUAAGUAAGGGGAUAUUUGUAUGUUGUUUUAAUAAUGAUCUAACUUUUAUCAGAUGUUACGAAAACAAUAUGUGUUAUACUUCAUGUCAAAAUGCCAGAUUUUGAUUGGUUAAUACGAGGGAGACAAUUUACUUUAUCGUAUUACGCAUUUUUAUUCCAGCCUAAAGAUGACAACACCUGUAACUGUUAUGAUGUAGGUAGAUAUAUACAAUAUCAUAUAAACCUAGCCAGAAAAUAUAAAUUUGUCUUAGUUUUAGAAACAGGAAGAAAAUCGUUGAUAUUGAUAAAAAAAAAAAGAAAAGAUAUGAUGUAUUAAUUCAUGACACAAAACCACUACGCGCAUAUGAAAACACAAAACAAACAAAAGAACAGCGCUUAUAUUGCUGUUCUUCGUCCCAAAGUCACAUUGAGCCUUUUGACACGAAGCAUUACAUCACAUCGCUGCUAGUUUUAGAUGGCCUCUAUCAACGAUUUGAGCUGGAUUUGAACCAUGUUCCAUUGUCCAUUACAAAUGUCCGAUACUCACGUGAAGGCCACUCCAAAUUGAUUUAGUGUAUUUCGGAUUCGCUUGCUCGCUUUGGAAACCUUAAUUUGUUGUUACCGCCAUUCCCUGUUGACUUUCUGAAUUACCGCGCCCUUCAAGUUAAAUGAAAUCAGCAGUUUCAUUUUUAAAAUGUCAUCGCUUGCCCCACAAUUUGCAGAAAUGUUCAAUUUUUUGGGUGUUGAAAAAUUAUUUCUCGCUCCUGAAAACAGUAGUAUUGUAGAAGUAAAUCUAAAAUAUGCUUUCCUCUCAGUAUCGCUUGCUGAAAUGUUCAUUUUAGAUAAAAACAAAUUAAAUGAUAAUUGCGUUAGGUUCAGAAAGAGCAAGUAUUCAAUUCGGAGUGGACUAGCCAUAAAUAAUGUGUAUCCGAUCGUCCCUUUAGAGAGAAAAUGAAUGUCUGAGUGUUUUAAUGUGAUACUGAAAUAAUGUUUAUGUUGAAAAUUAUAAUAAGUGUGGAACAAGUUUAAUAAUGCAUUAGUCAUAUAUCUUUAACAAAUGGACCAAAGACCAGAUUAUAUUGACUAUGCAUAAUUUUCAAACGUAAUAUUUAUUUAUAUUUUGUCGGAAGAUUGACCACAUGCAUUUUCAAUUGAUCAAAACGAAAUCAAUUGGACCAUAUGUAUGUUUGAAUACAUUUUAAACCUUUAAUAUAUGUUAGUUUAUUUCGUGAUUAAGGCGAAGUAUACGUCAUUGGGAGAUAUUUCAGAUUUUUAUGAAAUGGUACAUACAUGUAUACUAAGUAUAUAAAAUAAGGAGAUACGGUAUUAUGUUAAUGAGACAACUGUCCAACAGUCCGUGUAUGCAUUUAGAUCUUCUUGAACUGAAUCUGAGUAUGGAACACAUGACUUUAUCAUGUAUCAUUUAUACUUUCAGAAAUACAGCCAAUUACAAAGAUUAUAAAUGUACAUAAUGUAUAUAAAAAGCGCCAAAAAGUACUGUAUGUUGACUCUUAAAGGCCAAAUACGUAAACUUCGCCUUAAUCUUUGAAAAUCAGCAUGAAGUUGUUUUUGAAGUUUAAUUUGUCAAACAUUUUUGUGAACUACAAGUUUGAUUUUGAGUUUUGAAAUGGGCCAUCUAUUAUGUUAUUUUUUUGAUACACUGCUAGCCAGUGUUCUUCUAAAUGAAUUUUUUAUCAUGUUAUUUUGUUAAAUCACUGCUACAUGUGUAGCCAGUGUAUUUUCUCUAAACGAAAAAUCUUUGAUAGUGUUAUUUUGUUGAUACACUGCUACGUGUGUAACCAGUGUUUUUCUAAAGGAAUAAUCUUUGAGAUUAUGUUAUUUUGUUAAUACACUGCUACAUGUGUAGCCAGUGUUUUUCUAAAGGAACAUUCUUUGAAAUCGUUAUUUGUAAAUAUACACUCCUACAUGUGUAGUUAGUGUUCUUCUAAAGGAACAAUCUUUGAUAAUGUUAUGUUGUUGGUACACUGCUAGUCAGUGUUCUUCUAAAGGAACAAUCUUUGAUAAUGUUAUGUUGUUGAUACACUGCUAGUCAGUGUUCUUCUAAAGGAACAAUCUCUGAUAAUGUUAUUUUGUAGGUACACUGCUAGUCAGUGUUCUUCUAAAGGAACAAUCUUUGAUAAUGUUUUUUUGUUAGUACACUGCUAGUCAGUGUUCUUCUAAAGGAGCACUCUUUUAUAAUGUUAUUUUGUAAAUAUACACUGCUACAUGUGUAGUUAGUGUUCUUCUAAAUGAACAAUCUUUGAUAAUGUUAUCUUGUUGAUACACUGCUGGUCAGUGUUCUGUUAAAUCGCUAUAUAGUAAUUGUUAUAGCUUACAUUUGUAUCUUUUAUAAAGAACUCUCAUGAAA